AGUCCAGACUAAUAAAGAAGUGCUAUAUAGGGAGUAGAGAGUAGUAUGAAAGUUUGCCACAUAACUCCCAAAAUUUCAAUCCCAAAUCCAAAGAACCAUAAAUUAACAAAAAGCACAGCAAAGCAAACCUUCCCCUCCCUCUUUCUUCGCCUUGUUUAUUUCAACUGCAACCAUGUAUACACUUUUUAGAACUUGUGCUUAAAAAGCUUCCCAUGUGAACCUCUUAAAUCCUAAAAGAGAAAACAGACAACUGUGUUUCUUCUUCUUCAACAAUGGCAAAAACUACCAAUCCCAGGAAACCCACAAAGGAAAUCCAUAGAACAAGAAAAAGUCAGCUUCCACAGAGGACAGAGAAAGAAAAAGAGCAGCAGCAGCAGCAGCAGUUACCUUCAUGGGUAGUAAUGAGGAACAUCCUCACUUGCAAACACCUCGAAGUAGAGCAACAACCACAACCACAACCACAACUACAAGAACAACAAGCAACACUAACCCAGAAAAAGAAACAGCAAAAACUAGGUGCAAAAUCAGCAAUAAUGGAGGAAAACAACAAGAAGAACAAGAAAAUGAGGUGUUCUGGUUCACUUUGUAACAACACAAAGGUGAUGCAGAGGCCUGAACCUGUCUCCCCUGAAACUCUACAGAGGAAAAACAGGGGACUUCCUGGUAGUAGCACCAGUAGUAGCAGCCAUGAAGGGUCAAAUAGGUCAAUUAGAUCUCCUGUGUUAAGCGAGCUUAGCAACAACAACAACAACAACAAUACUAAUAAUCUGUUAACCAAGUCAUCUUCUUCUAAUAGUAAUGCUAAUUAUUCUAUUAAGGGGAUGCCAUUUAGGAGACUUUCAGGGUGCUAUGAAUGUAGAAUGGUUGUUGAUCCUGUUUUGGCUUUCACUAGAGAUCCUUCUCUUAGGGCUACUAUUUGCUCUUGUCCUCAUUGUAGUGAGAUUUUCAUGAAACCUGAGAAUUUGGAGCUUCAUCAAGCUGUUAGGCAUGCAGUAUCUGAACUGGGGCCAGAAGAUACAAGUAAGAAUAUAGUAGAGAUCAUAUUCCAAUCAAGCUGGCUAAAGAAGCAAACUCCAGUUUGCCAAAUUGAUAGAAUUCUCAAAGUUCACAACACCCAAAAAACCAUUAACAAGUUCGAGGAAUAUAGAGAUUCAAUUAAGUUUAAGGCUACAAGGCUUCCCAAGAAACAUGCUAGGUGCAUAGCUGAUGGAAAUGAGCUUUUAAGGUUUCAUUGCAGCUCAUUCAUGUGCUCCUUAGGCCUAGAUGGCUCCUCCAACCUUUGCAAUUCUAUCCCAAAUUGCAAUGUUUGUAGUAUUAUAAAAAAUGGGUUUAAGCUCGCUGAUGAGGGGCCUGCCGGCAAAGGUAUUCUGACAACAGCCACAAGUGGAAGGGCCCAUGAUCAGGCUGAUGUUGGUGUGGAGGAGCAUGAUAGGAGGGCAAUGCUGGUGUGUCGGGUGAUUGCAGGACGGGUCAAGAAGAGUCCAGAAGGCGGCGGGGCAGAGGAGUAUGAUUCGGUGGCCGGAGCUACCGGAGUUUAUUCAAAUUUGGAUGAACUGUAUGUUUUUAACCCAAAGGCUAUACUGCCUUGUUUUGUUGUUAUCUAUAGGGGGUUUUAGAUGUUUGGGCUUAAUUUAAUUAGUGUAGAAUAGUUCCAUUAUUAUGCUUUGGUUGUUGUACAUCUUCACUCUUCAGACUUGAGCUUUGGGUAGGGUAAAUUUUUUAUGAUAUUUUGUACCAUAUGCAGCAGUAUGCAUGGAAGUGGUAGCCCAUGGUUAGAAGACCCAAGCAAGUGAAGAAAAUACUCGGGAGUUUUUUAUUACCUAAGAAAACAAAAAACAGAAUAGGUUUGUUCAAAUUUGGCUCCAGUAAGUGUACGGUGAACUGUUAAAAAAAGGUUUAAAACCACAAGUGAAAUGAUCAGCUAAUUAACCAAGUGAGUAAUGAGACUUUGUUUUUAAAUA